ACCGACCACGACCGCAGGAUGAGCCCGUUGACCGCCGCCGAAGAGACGCUGUGCGUCAACACGGUGCGCAUGCUCGGCGCCGACCAGCCGACGGCCGGCAAGUCGGGCCACCCCGGCGCGCCCAUGGGCUGCGCGCCCAUGGCCCACACGCUCUUUGGCAAGGUCAUGCGGUUCAACCCGAGCAACCCCAAGUGGGCCAACCGCGACCGCUUCGUGCUCUCCAACGGCCAUGCGUGCGCGCUCCAGUACUCGAUGCUGCACCUCACGGGCUACGACGUGCCGAUCGAGAGCCUCAAGUCGUUCCGCCAGUGGGGCUCCAAGUGCCCGGGCCACCCCGAGAACUUUUGCACGCCCGGCGUCGAGGUCUCAACCGGUCCGCUUGGCCAAGGUCUCUCGAACGCGGUCGGUCUCGCGAUCGCCGAGAAGCACUUGGCCGCCGAGUUCAACAAGGACGGCCACAACAUUGUCGACCACUACACGUACGUCAUUUGCGGCGACGGCUGCAUGCAGGAGGGCGUCACGUCCGAGGCGUCGUCGCUCGCGGGCCACCUCGGCCUCGGCAAGCUCAUUGUCUUGUACGACGACAACUUGAUCACGAUCGACGGCCACACGGACAUUUCGUUCACGGAAGAUGUCGCCAAGCGCUACGAAGCGUACAACUGGCACGUGCAGGUGGUCGACGACGGCAACUACGAUUUCGAGGCGCUCCACAAGGCCGUGCUCGCCGCCAAGGCCGUCACGGACAAGCCGUCGCUCAUCAAGAUCCGCACGACGAUCGGUCUCGGCUCCAAGAUUGAAAACACGCACUCGGUGCACGGCGCGCCGCUCAAGGCCGACGACACGGCGUCGAUCAAGGAGAAGUUUGGCCUGAAGAACGAACCGUUCUUCAUUCCGGACGUGGCCCGCGAAUACUAUGACCGCCGCGCGGUCGGCGCGUCGCAGGAGGCCGAGUGGCAGGCGCGCUUGGACGCGUACGCCGCUGCAUACCCGGUGGAAGCCGCCGAGUUUGUCCGCCGCAUGGAGGGCCGUCUUCCGGACGGCUGGAAGGCCAACUUUCCGACGUUCUCGCCCGAAGACAAGGGCCUCGCGACGCGCCAGUUCUCCGAGAAGGCGCUCAACGCCGCCGCCGCGGCCUUGCCCGAGCUCGUCGGCGGCUCGGCCGACCUCACGCCGUCGAACCUGACCAAGCUGACCAUGUCGGGCGACUUCCAGAAGGACACGCCGAUCGGCCGGUACCUGCGCUUUGGCGUCCGCGAGCACGGCAUGGCGGCGAUCUGCAACGGCCUCUUUGCCCACGGCGGCGUGCGUCCGUUCUGCGCGACGUUCUACAACUUUAUCGGGUACGCGCUCGGGGCGGUCCGCGUCUCGGCGCUCUCGCAGUUUGGCGUGCUCUACAUUGCGACCCACGACAGCAUCUUCCUCGGCGAAGACGGCCCGACGCACCAGCCGAUCGAGAUGAACGCGUCGCUGCGGUCGAUGCCCAACAUGUUUCUCUACCGUCCGGCCGACGGCAACGAGGUCUCGGGCGCCUACAUUGACGCGAUCGAGCACCAGACGCAGACGUCGGUGCUGACGUUUACGCGCCAGGGCGUGCCCAACCUCCAUGGCUCGUCGGCCGACAAAGUGGCCCGCGGCGCCUACGUCCUCCAGAACAUCGUCAACGGCAAGCGGGACCUCAAAUACAACGGCAAGCCCGACCUCGUCAUGAUCGCGACCGGCUCGGAAGUCUCGCUUGCGAUCGAGGCGGCGACGCUCCUCCCGGACAAGGUUGUCCGCAUCGUCUCGGCGCCGUGCGUCGACAUCUUUGAAAAGGCGUCGGUCGACUACAAGAAGGAGGUGCUCCUCGAGGGUGUCCCGAUUCUCAGCGUCGAGGCGGCGUCGACGUACGGCUGGGACCGCUUCUCGCACUUGCAGUUUGGUCUCGACCGCUUUGGCGCGUCGGCGACGAUCGAGCAGCUCCGCGAACACUUUGGCUUUAACGCGCCGGCCGUCGCCGCCGAGGCGCAAAACCUCCUCGACUUCUACGCUGGCCGCGCCGUGCCAUCGCUCUUUGACGUACCGGCCCGCCGCGUCGUCAAGGAUGGCCACCAUUAGGCAGUAGGGUACGGCGAGACUUAUGCUUGCUAAUGCUACUCCGUGUUCUCGAUUCGAAA